AUGAAAUUCAUCCUGAUUGCUGCCUGCAUCCUGGGGAUGGCUGUUUGUGCGCCUGUAAGUAAUAUAUAUCUUUUCUUAUUUAUUUUAGCACUGUAUCAUUGAAGAUAAUUGGAAAAUUAUAACCUUCUCUUUAGACCCUAGUUGUAAGAAAGCUUGAAAUCACGACAUCUAAUCCAUAUCCGAUGGAUUGUGAAAUCCUUUUCUCUGUUACCUUUAAAAAACUUGUAUCCAUAAAAGUUUGAAGAGUCAAAGGUUUCAGACUGACCUUCUGUCCACUGAUCCAGCAGUAUUUUUUUCCACUCCACAGCCCGAGAUGUACAUGGAGUUCGACAUCCAUCACGCUCCGGCUGAGGUACAAUAAGGCUUAGAUCUGUAUCAUGUCACGCACUCAAACCACAGUAAAAGACACAUUUUAGAAACACUGCCGCGUAAGCUCUGCAAACAGGUCAGCUAUCAUGUGUUCAUCACUGAUGCUUGUGCCUCUACUUGAAAGUACUGAUGGCUUUUUUUUUUUGUACUGGUAGAUUGCUGUGUUUCUCAUCUGGAGGAUGAAAUGAUUGAAAUUAUUUUCACAGGCAAUUCAAGCUAUUCCUGCUGGAGCUCUACCUGACUCUCUGGAUGUGGUUAGACCUCAUUUCUGUUGUUGACUCCUCUUAAGUUUAUUUUAAAGCCAUAAUCAGUGUUUUGACACUAACACUGUGUUUUCUGUCCCAGCUGCUACCAGUUGAUGCCCAGAGACGGCUUCUUCCAGGACCUGUGAGUCUCAGAGUUUGAUUUGCAUUCAGUACUUUACUGUACGGGCUCUAACCCAAAGAAUUCAAGAUGCAAUGAAAGCCCACAGUGGUUUCAGGAUAAAUACUUGAUAGCUUUUACAGUCCAACUAGAGGCAGUUCAUAAACCACAGAGUUGAUCCAGAUGAACCUCGAGAACUGUCGUUUUAAGUGCUUUCUGGAGAUGAAGUGUGUUUUGAUUGGAGUUGCUGUCAGUUUUUAUUGCUUGUGUAAGACUGCGUGUGUUUUUAUUGGCGCUUCUGUCAGUUUUUAUCGCUUGUAUGAGAUUGCAUGUGUUUUGACUGGAGUCUGUGUCAAUUUUCAACUCUUAUUUGAGCCCACAUGUGUUUUGAUUGGAAGGUCCAUGGCUUCAUCAAGCAUGAGAUCCCUCAUCCAAGUGGCGUAGGGACCAAAGAUGUGGUAAGUGCCUGCUGAUAUUUGUUACUCUGGCAAAAAGAAAUGGGAAGUUUUAUUCAAGUGCAUUUUUUUCUUACACUUUCUCAUCUCCUCCAGUACAUCCCCUUUGGUUUUGCUACCGCCCCUGCUGCUCCUGUUGCUCGUGUCGUCCCUGCUGCUCCUGCUGAAACCAUCAUUCCUGUAGUCCCUGCAGCUCCAGCAGCUCCAGCAGCUCCUGCAGCUCCUGCAGCCCCUGCAGCACCAGUAGCUCCUGCAGCUCCAGCAGCUCCUGUAAGAAAAAACCCCAACAUAUUUCAGUUUUAAAUUAUGUAACUUUGAAUGAAGACAAGAAGUGUUCAGGGCAAUGAGUUCAUUCUAAUGAAAGCCUAUUGCAUCACAGACUAACCAUCCUCCAACUAUUUUUUGCUGAGGUGUGACUCAUAAGCAAACACCCACGAGGUGACACUUAGUUCUGAUAGGCUCAAGAGAAAUCCACUGUCAUUUCAGGCUGCCCCCCUCGGAGACGAUGACGACGAUGAUGAUUAA